GCUUAGUUCAAUUCAAUUGAGACAAAGUGAACCGGUCUAAAUAAAAAAAAAAACAAAUUGAUUAAAGUCGUCCUUUUAAAAGUUUAAGAGUUUGUAGGAAUUUUGCUUCUGUUUUUUAGAAUAAAAGAGAACAAUAUGAAAACCACUUUAUGUACGUCGUCAAUUUUAUUGAUUUGUUUUGUAUUCUAUUGUGAUGCGAUGGCGGCUGAUUUAAAUAAGGAGACUCAAAAUUUUCGCGCAACGGAAGAAUUAAAUCACAAAAUUAAAAGAUCGACCGAAGAACUAGACAGUUUACUAAAUGAAAUCGUUUCGGAUGAAGAAUUACUCAACCUAUCAACGCUGCAUGGAAUCGACAAGGAAAAAGUGCAGAAUUCACCAUUGUUGCAGUAUCUGCUUUUGCUUCGCAUCAUACAAGAUAAACGGAGCGUCGAUUAUAAGCCACGGUUGGGUCGGAGAUCCGAAUCGGAUGAACAACCUAAGCCAUAUGAUGUUUUCUUUACACCGAGAAUGGGAAAACGUUCAGACUCACGAGUAGACACUUUCAAUUAUACACCUCGACUUGGCCGAUCAACAUAUUCGGAAUAGAGCAAACUACGGACGAUAACAAUUUUUCACUAACAAAAUAAGCACGAAAUGGGACUAUAAACAUAAAAUUAUUGUCUAUUCAAGAAUAAUGUAAAUGUUAAUUUUUUUUCUACUUGAAUAAAUACAAGGCACAGAGAAAAUUUAAAUUAUUAUUUUAUUAACACUUUUUUUAUAAGAUUAGCGCCAUUCAAAGAUCUAUUUUAAAUUAUGCCGCAGUGAUUCUAAUCUAAGCUAUUAUCCACUUAAUUGUAUUGAAAAUAUUUAAAUACGUAUACAAAUAAAGAAUAAAAUGAAAUUGGAAAAAAUGAA